UUCCCAUGACUCGUCCCUUGCAACAACAAUCGACUAGUAAACUAAACACGAGUAGUUCAUUGCAGAAAAGUUCUUCUUCGCAGAAGAGUACAGGAUCGGGUUCAUCCGUUAUACACGGAAUUGGUGGGGUCAAGAAGAUGCCCUUUGUACCUCCAAAUUUUCCCUGCACAAGCACUUUCAAAUAUCCCAGUACAGAUGUGCCAAAGGUGAAAGCUAAAGAUGUUACCAAAACUACUUCAAGUACUUACAUUUCCAAGGAUAUUUCCCAUUCGGCCAAGAUCUCUUCGUCUCUCUCCCAAUCUGAUGACGUCUCAAAAUUGACAAGUCAGCUAGUCAAAGAACGUCCUAGUAUUUCUAUCACACCCGUGGUAUCAUCAACAGGGGGCGCGAGCAUUGUAUCAUCAUCUCAAUCGAAAAUACCAACAUCGCCCAUGAAAACAUUACAAGAAAAACUGGCUGACAAGCAGAAAAAUGCGAGCGCCAAAAACGUUUCAAAAAGCUUCAGCUUCGAUAGUGUUGUCCCCAACAAACCAACAGCAGUACCAUCUUCGAGUGCUUCUCAACAGAUACCCACGUUUCCGAAAGAGUCGGGAAUUACUGUGAGCCAGAUUUCGAAAAUACCCGUAACAAAACAACACCAGGAACCUCAUAAAUCCAAAUCUGAGCCCUCAACUAAGUUAUCAGUGAAAGAAUUUGGAUCCAUAAGUAUGAAUAUUUCCUCAACACCACCACCAAAUCGUCCCAUCCCAAAACCAGCAGAUAUACAACGUAAAGAUUCGUCAGAUGAUGACGUUAUUGUAAUUGAAUAAGUAGCUUUUAAUUGUGAUCUCGAACAAAAAUUUAAUUUUUAAU